AAUCUUCAUGUGUUGACAGAUUCAUAUUCACUGAUGAUAGUGAACUCAAUGUUAAGUCAUUGAUCAAGAACUUGAAGAAUAUGAUAAUAAAGAAAUUAUUCAUAUCAUGUGUGACUGAGUCUUCUACAUUCUUCUCUGUCUCUUCUGCUGCUUCUUUCUCUGCUGCUCUCUCUCAAUCUUCUACACUUGUUCCUGUGUCUGAUUCUCCCGCUCCCGCUAUCUCUGUUCCUGCGACUCUCAUUUCUGCUACUUCUGCUCCCACCGCUGCCUUUAUUACUAGCUCUCCCUGUUUCAAGAAGAUGUUGCAUAGACUCAGUGAAUCAUGUUUCUCAAGAAUCAUUUUCUCUCUUAACAGUAUUAAGAUU